GGCGGUAUUGUAAAAAUUACCUGUUAGCAUAACUGCAGAAGAAGGUUAGGGGUGGGUUGUGUACUGUCACAGCAAAUGUCUUUAAAUUUCAUUGAGAACAGCUUUUAUAAUGGACAAAAAGAAGAGACCGUUUGACGUGACUGCUUCUUCGCUAGUGGAUCUUAAAGCCGAGCUAUACAGAAAGCAGGAGCAAUUCAAACAGCAGAGACUUGGCCAAGAAAGUGGCGAGAUUGGUCACAAACCAAAACCCAAAGUUAAGAAACCAAAUGUAUUUGUCAAGCAAAACUCUGGAGUUUCGGCAAGAGCUGAAAAAGAUGCAGAAGAGUUGGCAGAGGAGCAGAGAACUCUGGAUAAUGCAAAGAGCAAGCUAGAGCAAAAAGCCAAACUCUACGAACAGAUGACCAAAGGAAAUUUCCCAGAUGAAGAAACAGAGGGGUUGUACCUGGUGGAUUUUGCGCAGAAGAUUAUUGACACAAGAAGAGAAACUCAAACGCAGAGGAUCGCUGACAGUGAGGAGGAGGAAAGAGCCAGAUUGUCCCCUGUUCCUCCUCCGGAGAACCCAGAUGAAGAAUGGGUGGACUUUGUGGACACUUUGGGACGAUCGCGAAGGUGCAUGAAGAAAGACUUGCCAGAUUUUCUGAACAUGGACCAUGACAUCAAAGGAAAUGGUCCAAAAGUCUCUGCUGACUUGCUGUCAGAGGACAUGCGCAGAGAGCUGCAGAGGCAAGAGUGGGAGCGAGAAGAAGAGGAAGCCAUGAAGAAGCCUGUUGGGCCUGUCCACUAUGAGACCAUCAGGGCUCAAGAGGCUCGGGAGCUCGGCGUGGGCUACUUUGCCUUCUCGCACGAUGAGGAAGAUCGCAGAAAGCAGAGGGAGACUCUGGACAUGCUCAGGGACCAAACGACUGAUCAGCGGAGUAAGAGAGAGCGACUGAAAGAGAAAAAGAAGGUCAUCCUGCAAGCCCGGCUGGCCAAAAUAAAGCAGAGGAAGCUGAAGGCCAAGGGGGGCGUUGAAGAGCAGCUAGAGGAGGAGAAUGAAGAUGAGGACAUGGCAGCACCCUCGCCGCCGCCUCAGGAUCCACCAGAGGUCAGCAGAGUGAAGAAAGUGGAAGUGGAGAUUCAGGAACGAAGGGACACCAAACCUGGUGUCCCGCAUGUUCGAGAGUGGGACAGAGGCAAAGAAUCCAUGUUCACUGAGUGGAAAAGCCGGCGUCAGUCAGAGAGAGAUUCCGAGUUUGCGCCUCCCUCCACAUACUUUGCUGAGCAAUGGCGCCCGAGACCAGCAAAGACACAAAUUCCAGAGAAGAAAACUCCCCAAAUGUCCUUCCUGGGGACACAAAGCCCAGGUGGGACCACUGAGAAUCCACGCCCUCCACCUGCGGCGGCCCCCUCACAGACUGCCCCUCCACAAAACCCCCCAGUGCAGCCACAGCCUCCGCCGCCAUGCCAGCCUCCCCCUGCGGCGGCCCCCUCACAGACUGCCCCUCCACAAAACCCCCCAGUGCAGCCACCGCCGCCAUGCCGGCCUCCAGGACCCCCCGUCAACCUCCAGUACCCACUUCCUCCUUUCUACCCCCCAUUUGCUCCUCCACCCUUUAUCUGCCCACCUUACCGAUUUCCUAACUUCCCCGCACACUACCAAAACCAAUACCCACCCCCGAUGCCGAGCCAAUUCCCUCCCCAGGUGCAACCUCAGGCCACUGUGCCCAACCAGCCCCACCCGCCACCCAAACCCACAGAGCCCGGCCAGCCUGAAGCACCCCCCCAACCAGUAGAGCCUGACCAACCUCAGCAGCCACCUCAAGGCCCCUCACAAAGUUUGGACGACAUGCUGUCCUUCUACAGGAGUAUCACUUGAUACUUGCAUAUAGAAAAAAGGAGUCCGGGGGGGAGCGACAGUAUAUCCGGCAUAGAUUUUUAGCGCACUUUACCCCCAUGGACCAUGUAGGGACUUUAUAAACUUCUCCAGUUUAAAUAUUUAAUAAAUGGGCUGAUUUGACAUAAUUGUGACUUAGUUCAUUUCAGACAAUACAAAUACAGAAAGACUAGAAAUACGAUUGUUUUGUGUUCCGCUUUAAAAGGCAUCCAUGCACAGUUCAAUGAAAGAGCUGUGUCUUGACCUCCAAACGGCAUCAUUGUUGAAUACCCUCGCAAAUUAUGAUCACAGUUAACAUAGUAAAAUAUAACACCAUUACUUCAAUCAGAAUGCAUUUUUAUCUUUAUAAAAGUAGGAUUUUUGUUAGGAUGAAUGAAUGGCUGGUGCCAGUAUUCUGGACAAGAGCCGUAAGUGUGUGACUGUUAAACCAACAACCACUAGAUGUUGCUGCUAUCAAAAAGUUGUUUACUGUAUUGCAGUACAUCAUUUAAAAAAAACAUUUGUAGUACUGGUGGAUACCAAAGUCAAUAUGUUCCUUUGAGAAUUCCUCAUUUCACCCCUCAAAAUGUUGACUUGACCUUCAUAUUUAUUCUAUGAAGUUAUGAUGUAAGAUAUAGUACAUGAUGGUCAAGCUACUGCACUUGAUGUUUUUUUAUUAUUUUUAUUUUGUGUGAGUGAUGAAUUAACCACAAACAGACAAAUCUACAUGCAAACAGCAAAGUGAGGGUGAAUAAUGACAUUUUUGGCUAAUAUAGUAAUACUUUCAUUCGUAGUUUUUCCCCCCACAUUUUCACUCAUCCCCCAAGGGGCAAAUUUAAUGAAUCUUGAUCAGCGUUUUCUCAAGACUCUUUGGGCUUUGAAGAAAUAAAAAUGGUGGUUUUGCUGA